AUGUUCCAGCCGGCGGGGGGGGCGUCGAAGCGCUGCUUCACCAUCGAGUCGCUGGUGGGCAAGGAGAGCCACCCGCCGGCCGAGGAGCCGCUGCGCCCGCCCGCCCUGGGCGGGUACCCGGCCAGCGCCGCCGUCGAGGCCUUCGCGCACGGCUUCCAGGGCGCCGCCGCCGCCGCCGCCGGCCGCUCCCUCUACGGCGGCCCGGAGCUGCUCUUCCCCGAGGCGGUGAGCCACCCGCCGCUGCCCGGCCCCCCGCCCCAGCUGGCCGCCUCGCACCUCCCGCACUCGCCGCACCCCUUCUUCGGCCCGCAAGCCCGCGACCCGCUCAGCUUCUACCCCUGGGUGCUGCGCAACCGCUUCUUCGGCCACCGCUUCCAAGGCGGCGAGGUGUCGCAGGAGGGGCUGCUGCUGCACGGCCCCUUCGCCCGCAAGCCCAAGCGCAUCCGCACCGCCUUCUCGCCCUCGCAGCUGCUGCGCCUCGAGCGCGCCUUCGAGAAGAACCACUACGUGGUGGGCGCCGAGCGCAAGCAGCUGGCCGCCAGCCUCAGCCUCUCCGAGACGCAGGUGAAGGUCUGGUUCCAAAACAGGAGGACCAAAUACAAGAGGCAGAAGCUGGAAGAGGAAGGCCCUGAGUCGGACCAGAAAAAGAAGGGUUCCCACCACAUCAACCGGUGGCGGAUAGCCACCAAACAGUCAAGCGGCGAAGACAUUGACGUGACAUCCAAUGACUAGACCAAUGUUGGAGGUGGCUGAUGGCAAACAGACCAAUGAGAGGAACA